GAGAGAGAGAGAGAGAGAGAGAGAGAGAGAGAGCAGAGAACGAGAGGAGAGCGAGGUGUAGAGAAACCGAGGGGGAGAGAACCCGAGUGUGUGUAUGCGUGUGCGUGUGUGAGCGCGAGCGAGCGAGUGAGGGAGAGGAGCGAGAGAGUGCGAGCGAGAAAGAAUAAAAGGAAAGAAGAUUUUCUCUAUGUAUAUAAAGAUGGCCACGUUAGCAAACGGACAGGCUGACAACGCGAGCCUCAGUACCAACGGGCUCGGCAGCAGCCCAGGCAGCGCCGGGCACAUGAACGGAUUAAGCCACAGCCCGGGGAACCCGUCGACCAUUCCCAUGAAGGACCACGAUGCCAUCAAGCUGUUCAUUGGGCAGAUCCCCCGAAACCUGGAUGAGAAGGACCUCAAGCCCCUCUUCGAGGAGUUCGGCAAGAUCUACGAGCUUACGGUUCUGAAGGACAGGUUCACAGGCAUGCACAAAGGUGAGUGCACCUUUCCCUCCCAACUUUGCCAGGGAGAAGGAGCGGGCGGGCGGCCGAUCGGCCGGCGACUGACGAGCGGGAGAUGGGCGAGAGGGAGCCGCGGGCGGGCGGGCGCCGAAGAGGGAGGCGCUCGGGCAGCGGAGACCUGAGCUGGGGUGCGUGGG